AUGAUGGCAUCUCUGGGAGAAGAAGACACGCAGAUGACUGAGGCCAUCGAAAUAGAUGACGCUUCAAACGAGGAUGAACCAGCUCAAGCUUCUGAGCCAUCUGAAGUCUCUGAGUCAUCUAGAGCUGCUGAAUCACCUCCCGUUGCUAAACCACGUACAAGAGAUCAAGGGACACAGACGAUUCAAGAGCUUCCUCCACCGCCACUUCAAGCUGCUCGGCAUGUUCAGAUAGCGCCUGCUCCUGGCCCUCACCAGGCUCACGCUCCUCCUUAUCCUUAUAUGGCUCAGUGGCCUCACCAUCCUAUGGGAUAUGCGCCUCAUCAUCUACAGCCACAGCAUCCGCACCACCCACAACAUAUGGUCUACGCUCAUCCUCACCAAGUACCUCCUCACCCAGAGCAUAUGGCUCAAUAUCCGCAUCCUCAAAUGCUCCAGUAUCCAUAUCACCCGAUGACUCAAUGGCCUCAUUCACAUAUGGUGCAGGCAUCUCAUCCAUAUGUAUCUCCUUAUGUGGGACCUCAUGUUCACUAUGCCUCUGCACCUGGAUAUGCUCCUCACCAUGGGCAAGUUCCUCAGGCCGGACGUGGCCAUCAUCCGGGAUAUGCUCCUCCCCAGCCAGGUAAUGUUCCUCAAGCUGGGCAUGUCCCUCAAGCUGGGCGUGGAAAUCAGCCAGGUCGUGCUCAACCAAGUAAUGCUCCUCAACCAAGCAAUGCUCCUCAACCCACAAGUGUCCCUCAACCCACAAGUGUCCCUCAACCCAGGAACGUCCCUCAAACAGGUAAUGCCACUCCUCAAGCAGAAGUUUCUCCUCAGCCGGGACGCCUCCCUCCUCAAUCUCCUCUAGAAACUCCUUUACCCACACCGCAAUCUCCUCUAUUCACACCAGUGGCUACACCUCGAUGGUCUCCUACUCCAACCCCUACGCCUCAGUCUGGGUCUCCCACUCCCGUACCUGAGUCUGCUGCCUCAACCCCUGCACCCGAUUCUGCCCCGUCUACUCCGGCUCCCCAAUCUGUUGCCUCAACGCCAGCUCCAGAGUCUGUUGCAUCGACUCCUGCUCCUGAACCUUCCUCCUCGCGAGCCACGACGACUUGGGAUAUGGGCCCUCCACCCAAGAAGAAAAGAGGACCAAAGCCUAAGCCGCUAUCAGAACGUAAGCCUCUCCGGACGACACCAAUCGUUCGUAAAGAGAACAGCUACUCGAAGCAGAAAAGGAAGGAAGUCAUUACGUGGAUGGUUCAUCACCGAGUUUCACGUCUAGGUGAAAUGGUGCCUCCUUCUGCCCAGGACGCUGAGAACCACUUUAAGAUCCCCCGAAGCACCAUUGCUGGAUGGAAGUUACAGUUGUACGGCCUGGAAGCUAUCAAGCAGCUCCUCGACACAAGUCAAUCAUACCGAGUCAUUCUUGGUGCACGCAACAUCCAGAGGGCGCAAAAGUCAUACGACGAGCUUACCUAUGACCGAUCUGCUAGCAACGUUACCAUUCUUCCGCUCGAAUUGAACGAUCUCAAGGGUGUCAAGUCGUUCGCUGACCAGACCCUUAAGAAGCUUGGCCAGGAAAAGAUUGAUUACUUGUUGCUUAAUGCAGGACUCGGCGGUACCAGCGCCGAUGGACCGGGACCUCACGGAUCAAAGUGGUGCGAGCCGCAUGUUGUGAACCAUCUAUCGCAGUUUUACCUUGUGCAUCUCUUGAGGGAGAAGCUGGUCGAGUCCAAGUCUAGGAUUGUGUUUGUAUCUUCUGGUGCUGUGCGCAGGGUUGCGGAUCCUAGCAAGCUUGAUGAAGAGGUCAAGGCAGGGUCUGGAGCUGAUGCCCCAACGACAUAUUCUAACACCAAGUUCACUGGUCUUCUCGGUGCGCAUUGGUGGCGUCGUCAGCUAGCUGGAACCAACGACGUUGUCGCCGUGUCGCCUGGCCUGAUUCCUGGUACGGGUCUUGCCAAGCAGAUGGGUAUCCAGAGCAACAUGCCAGAUGCCAAGUCCAUUCCUGAAGGUGCUUCGAGCGUGCUUGCUGCUCUCACCCGAAGUGACUUCCCUGAUGAUCCCGAUCGCAUUUUCUUGACUAGUUGGGGUGAGUGGUGGGAGAAGGCCAUGAUUGAAAAGACUACAGAUAAGACUCUGCAGGAUAAGUGGUGUCCUAGUAAGGAGGAGAUUGAGAGGGAUGCUGGUAUUUCCUCCUAA